UUUUCAAAUUCAGGAAGUAGCCACAGCAGUGAAGCAUGGAACAAAAAACAAGAGGCUUGCGCUUCAUGCACUUGGUAGGAAGAAGCAAUUUGAGAAACAGCUGAACCAUAUCGAUGGAGUCCUACAAACUAUCGAAUUUCAGAGGGAAGCUCUUGAAAAUGCUUCUACUAAUGCAGAAGUGCUUCAAGUUAUGGGUGGUGCCAGCAAAGCGUUGAAAGCUGCGCAUAACAAUAUGGACAUCGAUCAGGUGCAUGAUCUUAUGGAAGACAUCGCUGAGCAGCAGGAGGUUGCUAACGAAAUCGCAGAGGCUAUUUCAAAUCCUGUAGGAUUUGACAGGGCUAUUGAUGACGACGAACUGUUGAGAGAGUUAGAGCAGCUUGAACAGGAGGAAUUAGACAAACAGUUGCUGGAUGUGCAUCCAACUCCCGUAGUGCUGCCUGAUGCACCAUCGACAGAUCUACCAACGGCCAGCAAAGCAAAGCCAGCCAAAGCUGAUCACGACAAAGACCUUGAAGAUCUUGAAAUGUGGGCAAAUGCAUAA